CCGAUAAGACUUCCACGCACCCAAAUCACCCGAAACAGCCAAAGAAUCGGUUACUGAGACGUAGAGUCUCGGGCGGGGCGUAAAUAUCUGCUCCGUCGGCGUGGAUUUAAAGAAUCUAUAAAAGCAUGUCCCCGGUGGAUCGUCGCUGUCUAUUUACAAUGUAGCUCCCGGGAUCAUCUGACCCGCGACUGUUGCCUCUGAACACCGCGAGCGGCGCUGUUUCGCCCCCAGGCAUUGUAAUCGAGGGCAGAGCGGUUCCUCCCACGAUCGUCCCGGUUCCCUGUAAGAGGCGUUAUGACUUUACAUCCGCUGCUUUAGAAGCUGAGCAUUUAUCUAGUCAUAUCAAAUAAUAUAAAACAUAAACUUCUCUUAGCUCCUACUAACACCAUUGUUCAUUCCUAGUGAUUAUUUUACUCACACGGUAAAGUGCACACGUAAUGCAUGGUCGUAAUGCAUGUUAAAAGUGUAACAUAUUCGGGUGUGUGGUUACAUGACACCGGAAGCAGGUGUCCGGUGUUACACAGAACGUUGUCCCCCUCCUGUGUCGCCGCUGGGUCAGUAUGGCCGCUGUGGUGUGCAGCAGAUUGCUCCUCCAGAGAUCAACGCACGGGUUUCUCUUCUCGUCCGGAGCAGGUCCCGCUCUCUCGAGCCCGUUUCUGUGCCGCUCACAUAGAUUGGGUCCUGGCGAUGAUGAAAUGUAUCAGCGCACCUCGGUGUCCGUCAUGCAGAAGGAGCCGGGCAGUGGGGUCAUGAUCCAGAGCUACAGUUCCAGAGGAUUCAACAUCGACGGCAACAAGGUGUUCGGGCCCUGUGCCGUACUGCCCCCUGCUAUCCUCCAGUGGAAUGUUGGAAGUCAUGAAGACAUCACAGAAGAAAGUGUCUCACUUUUCCACAUGCUAGAACCAAGAAUAGAGAUUCUUGUGCUGGGCACAGGUUCACGGGUUGAAAGAAUUAAACCCUCAGUCCUGGCUCUGCUCAAACGUAAAGGCAUCGCGGUGGAGGUGCAGGACACGCCGAACGCAUGUGCGACCUUCAACUUCCUGACCAGUGAGCGAAGGGUGGCGGCUGCUGGUCUGAUCCCUCCGCCCAUCAGCACGGCGCUGGAGGCGGUACAAGAAUAAGUGUUGCUAUGUCAACCAGAACAGGACUGAUUUCUGCAGAUGGUCAGAUGAUCAGCUUUUCAAUGAUCCUAUGCCUGUGAGAUGGUUAUUCUCCUUCUUCAUGAAUCUUCCAAAGGAGCAAACUGUGUGGCAUACGCCUCUGAACAAUCGCUAUAUAUUUUUUUUUUUAGUUGAGGAUGUUCAAAGCAGCUACUGUGAAGCAGUGAUCUGAGCAGUGAGCUGGCUCAGAGACGCAGUAAACCGUGUAAACAUUGUUCUUGUAUAGAAAUCCUGUGUUUUGCGAUAUAUAUUUAAAAGCUUUACAUGGAACAAAAAGCUCAAGUGUCAUCAUUUCUUUUCCUGGUAUAUAGAAUAUGUAUUAUUUAUAAAAACACAAGGGUGAAUCACUAAUGUUUGCAGUGAUGGCUGGUGGAAAAUGUUCCAGGUGUUCAGUAUAACUUAAUAUAUAUCAAGUAAUAAUAGUAUGAUAAAAUAUGUACUUUAUAUAAUGUCAGUCGUAUUGUCUGAUUGAAUGGCGUUAAGAUCUGUGCUCUUUACGUCAUCUAGAAUGUCAUCCGUCUGUUGAUAGCAGCUUUGACGAGAACAUGCAAGCUUGGGGCAAAACCAACGUUGCCCCAGACUGAGUCUAUUUAAGAACGCUGAUUGGUUACAUUUUACGUCAAAUAUUUUUAUUUAUUUAAUCAGUGAUUGGCUUAAGUGCUUCACAUGACGUUCGUAUUACAGCCGUAUCACGUGCAGGAAAAGCAUAUAUUUUGCACAUAUAUCAUAGUCUACAAAUAUUACCGUGUACAUUCCAUAUUUCAAAAACACAAAUAUUGUCAUUUUUUUUAUAUUUUGGUAUGAUCUUUUCUUUUUUUGGGGCUCAAGCAGAGGUGCUCCAGGUGGGGCGACGCCCCCUAUUGGCCAGCCGCCACUGAUUGUCUGUGCAGUAAAUAGUGGUUUAUGUAUUUCAGUAUGAGUAUGUUCCAGGCCUUUAGCCGAGGUGUUGGUGGUGACUCGUUCAUUUGGAUAAUCCUCUUUACUCUGUGCGUCUGUCCACCCUCCGCCUCCACGCUGCUACGUACAGCGCAGGACAACAUUCAAUGGCUUUGUCCUUCUCACACAUAAGCUCCCAUGGAUAAGAGAAUCCACAAAUCCUCUAGACAUCAAUGGGAUUCAUCUCGUAAUCAUCUGUCUCUGUGGCCAGUGUCUGAAGUAUUUAAAUCCCUGUUGUUCGCAUGCUGUGUGAUUACUUUCACCUGCUACUGCUGAGAAAUUGUAGCACUGAUUGGUGCUUAAAGUAAUAAAACAAUUCCAGUUAAA